UUUAUUUCUGUCUCUGAAGUGUGAAAUGAUGUUUGAACACAGGAAGGGUUUGGUUUAGACAGACAGCACAGUUUAAACUGUUCAUUAAAGUGACAGUAUGGAGUCCAGUGUGCUGCCUCUUAUACUCUUGCUGAUGUCUAACAGCUAUUCUACACAAAGUCCAGAUAAAUCUGUUCUGACUGUAAAUCCUGAAACAUCACCGAUAUUCAGAGGAGAGACUGUCACUCUCACAUGUGACGUACAGGGGACACGAGUGACAGACUGGACAUACAGAUUUCAGUGUGAUGAUGUUUAUCAAGAUUCUAAUAAGAAGGUGUUCAAGUUUACUGCAAUGUACAGCGGAUACAAUAAAUGCAAGUGUGUCGCUAGCAGCACAUCUACACAAAUCUGGAGUUCCUGGAGUGAUGAAGUGUCAUUUCCUGUCAUCGAGAGACCAAAACCUGAAGUGCGUGUAAAUCCAGAUCAUCAUGUGUUCAGAGGAGAGACAGUCACUCUCACAUGUGACAUACAGACACAAACACACACUGAGUGGAGAUACAGCUGGAUUAAAGACGGGACCAUCAACAUCCUCAAUCAAUGCACAAAACAAGAGUGUGAAAUAAGCAGUGUUGAAUUCUCCCAUCGAGGUAAAUACAGCUGUAGAGGAGAGACAAGAGGAUCACGCUACACACACACCAGUGAUGAACUUACACUCACAGUAUCAGAUUUGCCCACAGCUAAACUCACUGUACAUCCAGAAACAUCUGUUUUCACUGGAGAGACAGUGAUCAUGAAGUGUGACAUUGAGUCUGAUUACAGUAACUGGAGAUAUGAGUGGUAUAAAGACAGAACUGUCGUGUCUGAGUCUGAGCGUUACACUGUAAACACAAACACUCUCACUAUCAGAGGAGCUACUGAGUCUGAUCAACAUCAGUUCUGCUGUCGAGGAAAGAGAGAUGGAAGACCAGCAACAUCACAGAACACAAGUGUUACUCUUUCUGUUAAAGACUCAAAGCUCAAUCCUGAACUCACAUCAGAUACUGCAGGAGCUGCACUGACAGGAAACACGGUGACUCUGAUCUGUCACAUGACUCAGACCGCUGGAUGGGACUUUUACUGGUACAAACACACACAGAACUCUGAGAAAAACAAGACAGAAACAAACUCCUACAGAGUCCAUAUUGAUUCAGUGUCUGAUGGAGGUCAGUACUGGUGCAGAGCUGGAAGAGGAGAACCAGUUUACUACACAAACUACAGUGAUGCAUUGUGGGUCAGCGUCGCAGGUGAGAUAAAACAUACUGUAUUUUCAAUGAGUUAUACUGAGAAGUUCUUCUUCUCAUCCGGUGAUUUGGGUGGUUAUGGUCUGAGUGUCGCCGUGUUACUCCUCAUCUCACUGAUCCUGCUGUGGAGAUACAAACACAACAAAGAUCAGCAGUGUAUCAACCAACAGACAUCAGUUCAGAAUCAGAGGACACGACCUGGAGAAUCCCCGACAGAAAACUGUCCUCUACAGUCUGGUUGUGAUCACAUUUAUGAUGAUGUGGAUACAAACUAUAAGAAGAGCACAGGGGCAUCAGCAGAUGAGGUCACAUAUUCAGAGCUCACUAUUAAAAACAAGAUAUCUGUGGAUAAAGAUGCUGGAAAAAGAGAUGUUUUAAUUGAGAUGAAAACUGAGGACAAUCAAAGAGGGAAAAGCAGUGAGUGUGAAGACACAGUUUACUCUGAUCUGAAGCAGAACACAGACAGAGGUGGCAGUGCUGGAGUCGAUGCAACUUAUGCUCAAGAUUUUAAUCACCGAAAGAAAGAAAAACGCAAGAAUUGAUCAAGUUUAUUUUAAAAUACACACAUUUACAUGUAGAAGAAACGCUGAAAUCAAUCAAUGAUCAGAUCAUUAAUUAAAAAAGACACGUGACAAGACAAAACUGGAUUUCCAUGAGAUUUUGAGAUGUUUUUUAUCCAGUCUUGACGUCAACAUGUAAUGAGAGAAUGCCGUUAAAUGCCUUCACAUGCAAAAGUUCUGAUCAUGUUUCUUGUAUUUUGUGUCGGGAAGUUUGUACACAAACCUUCUGCUUUUAUAAUGCGCUUAUUUUAAAUGUGUGUUUAAUAGUGCAACAUUUAUUGUAGUUGGGACACUUUCUUGUUUAAGUUCAGAAUUUGCUCUUUCAUGUAAAUUGUAAACUAACUCUUACAUUAUAAACCUGCGUAUGUGUGUUUCUAUAAUGUCAGUGUAACUAUAUUCACCUUUAAAUUAAUUAAUUACAUUUUCUGUCUGUUCUGCAGCGCCUCAAAGUUACAAGAAUCACUUUAACUUUAAUAUCAGUAAUAUUUUCAUCAGUUAAACACAGUCUUCAUGUCUGUACUGAAGAUGUGCCCGUAUUUAUGAGGAUUUUGCCAAGAGAAUAAGACUUUUAUUUAAGGUUUAUUUUUGGAUCAGUUGAUUGUUUUUGUUUGAAGUUUCUCAGAUUUUCUGUGAUUUUGAUGUUAAAUAAAAACAAACCUGAUGUUAUUCUCAUGAGCAUUUAUCACACUUAAAAUAGUGGGACCAUUUUUAACCCUGGGUUAAUAUAAUCUGGGGUUAUGUUGUUUUCUAUUGUUAUUGCCUUUAUUGUCCAGAAGAUGGUGUCAAUGUAUCAGCUUUGAGUUUCUGAACCGCUUUAAACUGUUUAUGAAAAGUUUAAUAUUCAGAACUGUGUAAAAGUUUCAGACAUUUCUGGAAAAAUGCUGUAAAGUGUGACAUUUUCAAACAAAAUGUAAU